AAUAAAUUAAAAAAAAAAAAACCGUCGCGUAUUCGCACGCGCUUUUUCCCUCCACCUCCGCUUCUUCCUCUUUCGCCCCCUCUCUCCCUCCUCUACGCCCAAAUCGAAACCCUAAAUCUCUCGAUCCAAACCCUAGAAACCCCCCGAUCUCGAUUCGCGAUGCAGGGGGGCCACAUGCUGAUCGAGGAGCCCGUGCGCCUCGCCUCCGUUCUCUGCCCCUCCAACACCAAAUUCUUUCCGUCACUGACGAAAAUUGUUGGGACGCUUGGGCCAAAGUCACGUUCUGUAGAAACCAUUGAGCAAUGCCUUACAGCUGGAAUGGCAGUUGCACGCUUCGACUUCUCCGGGUUGAAUGCUGAAUACCAUCAAGAGACUCUCAAUAAUUUGAGGACGGCUGUUGCUAAUGCCAAGAAGUUGUGUGCUGUAAUGCUGGAUACCGUGGGUCCAGAGAUACAGGUUCAAAAUACAACGGGCAAUUCAAUUGAGCUGAAGGCUGGAAAUCAUGUCACAAUAACCCCAGACCUUUCGAAAAUUCCCUCAGCUGAGAUAUUACCCAUUAAUUUCGCUCAUCUUGCCAAGGCGGUGAAGGAAGGUGACACUAUUUUUGUCGGGCAGUAUCUUUUCACUGGAAGUGAAACAACAUCUGUGUGGCUUGAGGUUCUGGGGACUGUCGAUCAAGAUGUAAGUUGCCUCAUAAAGAACAGUGCUACACUUGCUGGCUCCAUCUUCACCAUACACGUCUCUCAAGUUCACAUCGAUUUGCCUACUCUGAGUAGCUAUGAUAAGCAAGUCAUUUCAACAUGGGGAUCCUCUAAUAACGUUGAUAUAAUUUCUCUUUCUUACACCCGCCAUGCUGAGGAUGUAAGAGAGCUUAAAGAGUUUCUGAAGUCUCAAAAUCUGCAAGACACUCAAAUUUAUGCUAAAAUUGAAAAUGCUGAGGGCCUGGAGCAUUUUGAUGAAAUUCUUGAACAAGCAGACGGCAUCAUUCUUUCUCGAGGGAACCUAGGAAUAGACCUUCCACCAGAAAAUGUAUUUUUGUCCCAGAAAUCGGCUAUUCAGAAAUGCAAUUUAGCUGGGAAACCAGCCAUAGUCACCAGAGUGGUGGAUAGCAUGACCGACAAUUUACGUCCCACACGUGCAGAGGCCACUGAUGUUGCAAAUGCCGUCCUGGAUGGGACUGAUGGUAUUUUGUUGGGUGCCGAGACACUUCGAGGCCUCUAUCCAGUUGAUGCAGUUAAGACAGUGGGGAGAAUAUGUGCAGAAGCUGAGACUGUGUAUAAUCAGUCUCUUCAAUUCAAGAGAAUAAUCAAACAUGUUGGUGAACCAAUGUCGCAUGCCGAGUCUGUUUCAUCAUCAGCGGUGCGUGCGGCUAUCAAAGUCAAGGCUGCUGUCAUCAUUGCAUUCACUUCAUCAGGCAAAGCUGCAAAGUUGGUUGCAAAAUAUAGGCCUCCAAUGCCUGUGCUAGCUGUUUUCUUCCCACGGCAAGAAUCAGGUGCACUAAAAUGGGAUUCCUCUGGCACUAUACAGGCGAGGCAAUGUCUUGCUGUAAGAGGAAUCUAUCCUGUACUGGCAAAUCAUAGUGAGGCUGAUUCCGCCAAUUCGAAGGAGGAGUUUGGCCUAAAACUUGCGCUAAAUUACGGGAAAUCAAUUGGCAUGAUAAAACCAUACGAUCGUGCCGUCAUAUUCGAGAAGAUUGGUGACUCCUCCGUCGUUAAGAUCAUCGAGUUUGAAGAUUCCUGAACACAAAUUAACUACUCAUUGCACACAAAAAGAAUCACUUUUGUCAAACAGAUUCUUCUAAUUUCCACAUUAAAGCAGUAGCAUGAUGAACUGUAUCAGUUUUGGGUUACCUCUGCAGUUUCUGCAAGAGAUUUAAUAAAAAAAAACACGCCAUGUUGCUUGACCUAGAUCGGUCGGCUUGUAAACAAUUCAACUCUGUGAGAUUUCUAAUUUCCUGCUCGAUA